AUGGCCGCGGAGCCGCAGCGGGUGCUGCCGCUGCUGCCCCCCGCCGCGGCGGCGGGCGGCGAGGGGCCGGCGGAGGCCUCCCCGGAGCCGGCCACGCCGGACCCCCCCUCCUCCGCGGCGGUGUCCCCCGGCACGGACGAGCCUGCGGGCGACGCCAAGAAAAAGAUUGACAUCCUGCUGAAGGCUGUGGGCGACACCCCUAUAAUGAAAACCAAGAAGUGGGCUGUAGAGCGAACCCGGACCAUCCAGGGCCUCAUUGACUUCAUCAAAAAGUUCCUUAAACUGGUGGCCUCGGAGCAAUUGUUUAUUUAUGUGAAUCAGUCCUUCGCUCCUUCCCCAGACCAGGAAGUUGGAACCCUGUAUGAGUGUUUCGGCAGUGACGGUAAACUGGUUCUGCACUAUUGCAAGUCUCAGGCCUGGGGCUGAGCCACGGUAGAAGCCACUUGCUACAACUUGAGAUGGUUUGCAGAGGACCCGGCAUGCACUUGCUGUGACUCCUGCUCAGGCGCAAGACAGCAUCCAUGGAGAGAGUGGGGUACCCCAGUUGCAGUUGGAUACUGGUGCACUCAUUAAUCCCCAAGGACAGGCUCCAUUCAGCCCCGCCUCCCGACGGGCACUCCUGCUGAUGUAGAGCUGCCUGGGGCUAAAUAAAUACAGGACGGAAACUGGAAGUUCGCACCAGUGCUCACCAUGACUGAGUGUUCACUUGUACCAUUAUUGUUGUUAUUCAUAGUAAACGUUUACUCGCUAAAGA